UUGUUGUGUAUUUGGGCCCCCUGUGGUGCUUGUCUCAGAUCAUCAUCCUCCAUCUCCUCCAUAUUGGAAUUUCGAGUGUUGACUGAAACACAAACAUGUCGUCGAAAAAAACGUUUGCCCUCGAAAAAUCCGAAGUAGAUGCAACAAUGAAAGAAAUCCUCGACGUCCGGAAGGUAUCAGAGAAGGCUAAGAAGAAAAAAGCUGAAAGAUUCUUCCAUUUUCUAGGCGGUGGUGACAGUCCUAUUGAAGCAGUAGAACUCGCGUUGGGAAGAAACGAAAAUCUUCAAUAUGCUCAAGUCAAAUCCGUCACUGAAAUCGUCAAAUUUCUCGAUCAGUUUGGUGAAACUAGGGUUUGUCUUGAAGAAGAGAGAUGUAUUGAGAUACUUCAUGCUCUUGUAAGGGUACUCUACCAGUGCAACCUCCUCAAAGUUCUUCAAAAAUUCUUGCAACUACGAAUCCCGGAUGAAAGCAUAUGCAAGGGAAUUCCCUGGAAAUCAAUAUAUUUUAACAGUUUAACCAUUCUUAAAUCAAUGAUAGAUUUCGCAAAGAAAAUGGACACUCAGUCGAAAACAAUCGUAGAGACUGGCACAGUAGAACUGCUUAUGGACUACUCUGAUGGAACAGUAGAUAUUCUUACAUGUUUUCCAGCUGUUACUGGACUUAGUUCCCUCUGCACAAUCAGUAUGGAAGCGCGCGAGAGGGUUAUAUUCUGUAACGGCUUGACAAAGUUCGGAUAUUUGAUCCUUAAAGAUAAUUGUCAAAAGAUGCAUUUCAAGGCUUACCAACAAGGGUUGAAACCAUUCCAAGUUAAAGAACUUGAUAGGGUUCGUAAUGUCUAUCUGCAUGAGGAACUUAUGGAAGGAAAAAAGUAUGUUGGUAGAAGUGAUCUUUCAUAUCAUGUUUUAAAGAAGUGGAGUAAAAAAGUACAGUUAGCUGCUGGGCAUAUCAUUCUAAAGAUAGCAGAACAGAAUGACAGACACAGAAAAUUAGUCUUUGAAAACAAGUUUAUAUCAAAAGCAAUUGUAAAAUGGAUAAAGGCACCUGUCAUCCUGCAUGGGGAUUCUGAAAUGAUUGAUAUCUCACUAAGAAUCAUGGCAACUUUGUGUUUUAAUGAGGAAGUUGCUUUACAGCUUGUUGAACAGUAUGGUAUCAUCGAGCACUUUGAACACGGAGUUAAUGUUCCUGAUCGUGAUCUAGUUUUGAGUUUCCUUGCUGUGAUCUUGCAACUGUCAAACCUUGGGGGAAGGUGUAGGGCAGCUGUUUUGGAAAAUAAGGAUAUCAUACAGUCCUUAGCAACCUUUGCAUUUUCCCAUGAUAAAGAGAUUCAAAACGUYCUGAUUCACAUCCUUGUCCAAUUGGUAGACAACCCACAGUCAUCUGGGGAUAAUCUGGUCCAGCAUGGCAUCACCCCAAAGAACAUGUUAUUGCUGACACACUUCUACGAAUAUGACAGAACGACGAGGCAUCCAAGAUUUUAACCAAGACGACUUAUCGUCGAGCUCGAGCUUCGUUAGAGCUUGGAAAUUACCAUGAAGCUCUUAACGACAUAGCUUUCUGCAUGCGUAAGAAAUACAAAGAUGACAACGUAAGAUCGUUAUACCAAGAGAUUUUAGUAAAAUAUCGUGAACAUGUUGGUAUAGAGCCUAUCCGUCGUUGUGCCGUUUGUAUGGAAGGAGAAGGAGAGAAGCUGAAGAGAUGUGCCAACUGCAAUGAAGUGUACUGCUCAAGGUCCUGCCAGCUGUAUGCAUGGGAUACAGGACACAAGACGUUCUGUAAUGGAAAGGCUUAGAGAUGGACUAACCCGGUAUGACUAUUUAUUCCCAGUUACAUGGUAGGUAAUGGAGUCUGGGAAUGAGACAACGUAGUGGGGAGAUUAAGAUGUGUAUGCAUGGGACACAGGACACAAGACGUUCUGUAAUGGAAAGGUUUAGAGAUGGACUAACCUAGUAUGACUAUUUAUUCCCUGUUACAUGGUAGGUAGUGGAGUCUGAGAAUGAGACAACGUAGUGGGGAGAUUAAGAUGUUUAUGCCUGGGAUACAGGACACAAGACGUUCUGUAAUGGAAAGGUUUAGAGACGGACUAACCUAGUAUGACUAUUUAUUCCCUGUUACAUGGUAGGUAGUGGAGUCUGGGAAUGAGACAAUGUAGUGGGGAGAUUAAGAUGUUUAUCAGCGCACAUCUUUUAUCAAAGAGCCUUAAUCCACUGUUUUCCCAAUUUAGACCACAUGUCAUUCCCUAGAGUAUCAUUUCUUUGUUUAAUGGUUGUGCAUGAGAAGACACAUGAAUAUGGAUACGACUCAAACAAGGAAUAGUAAUCUCAAGGGAAUGAAAAGUGGUCUGGAAUUCGAAAACAUAACACCCAAGUGGAAUGGGUCCAUUAGCC